UCCGUUAGUGCUCAUUUGUUUUCGCGCCAUCGACCUCUUAGUCGUCUCUGCAAUUCCACAAUUCUCGCCGAUUAACCGUGGAAGUUUAGAAUGGCCGACAAGAUCCUCAUCAUCGGCGGCACCGGAUACAUUGGAAAAUUCAUUGUCGCCGCCAGCGCCAAGUCCGGUCACCCUACCUUCGCUCUCGUCAGAGACACCACCCUUUCCGAUCCUACGAAGUCCCAAAUCAUCAAGAGUUUCAAGAGCUCCGGCGUCACUUUGGUCCAUGGAGAUCUAAACGAUCACCAGAGUUUGGUAAAGGCGAUCAAGGAAGUAGAUGUGGUGAUAUCCACCGUUGGUGGCGGGCAGUUGCAGGAUCAAGCGAAGAUCAUAGCUGCAAUCAAAGAAGCUGGAAAUGUCAAGAGAUUCCUCCCAUCAGAGUUUGGGAAUGAUGUGGACCGUCUCCAUGCUGUUGAGCCAGCAAAAUCAGUGUUUGCUACCAAAGUUCAAAUCCGUCGAGCUAUUGAGGCUGAAGGAAUUCCCUAUACCUAUGUGACAUCCAACUUCUUUGCUGGCUAUUUCCUUCCUACAUUAGUACAACCUGGAGCCACUGCUCCCCCCAAAGAUAAAGUUAUUAUUUUAGGUGAUGGAAAUCCAAAAGCUGUUUUUAACAAGGAGGAUGACAUUGGCACCUAUACUAUCAGGGCUGUGGAUGAUCCGAGAACCUUGAAUAAAAUCCUCUACAUCAAGCCCCCUCAGAACAUUUACUCAUUCAACGAUCUUGUCUCCUUGUGGGAGAAGAAGAUUGGAAAAACCCUGGAGAGGAUCCAUGUUCCAAAGGAGCAAGUUCUGAAGAACAUCCAAGAAGCCGAAUUUCCAGUGAAUGUGAUUAUGGCAAUCAGUCACUCUGUUUUUAUAGAGGGUGACCAGACCAACUUCGAAAUUGAACCAUCAUUUGGAGUAGAAGCUUCAGAGCUAUACCCUGACGUCAAAUACACAACUGUGGAUGAGUACCUCAAUCAGUUUGCCUGAGACAUCAAGGCGGAGAGCCGCAACCUUUUUCUCCUUAAUAAAGGUAAAAGCUAAUUCUACGAUCUUAGUGAGGGUCAUACUGCUUUGCAGAGACAGCCUCCCUCGAAUCUAUGAUGUUAGAUACCUCGAUACCUUUGCAGAGACAACCUGCAGGGUUACUCCUAUAAUAAAACAGACAUUAAUCUAAUAAGAUACGGAG